AUGACUUUUGAGUUUGCCACCAUUAAGGGCGUCUGCGGUGGGUUUAGGUAUAAUUCCUCUCUGACCUUCCCCACCCUGAGAAGCAUAGCCAAGUUCCCCUUAAUAGCCAAUCAUGACCUGGCCCUUAGCGCCAGUAACUGCCCUAAUAACACCCUUAAGAGCCUUCUCUCCACCCAGUGGUUCUUCCGCGAGGAAGGGUCCUUCUGGGUGGCUGCUGGACUGAUGGUCAAGGUGUUUGAGAUUCUCACCGUCCAGGCUGUCCUAGUCAUGCAAUGGAACCCUAAGGUGGAGAUUGGGAUCUUUAGUCUGGCCACCGCCAGUAUUCCUGGAGGCAAAACAACAAAGAAAUUCGCGCAUGUCAAGCUAGGCGUGAUCGCCACCCUCAGCUUCCGAACAGGAGUGCUGAAAAUUGAAGAUGACCCUUCCUCAGACCCGUCAGUGACCAGAAACCCAUCUGCUCUCCUUGACGGAACUGAGAAAAAAACAGUUAAUCUGGCAAUGGGCAUGCAUCUCAGGCAACCUUCUCCUUUGCAGUCCAGGGACAGGACCGUCCCGUUCGACGUGGAAGCUUUCCAGAUCCAAACUCUGCACAGCGAAAAACAAAUAGCGCUCCCAAAUAAGCCCACUGCUGCGUUUGAACCUGUCCAACCGCGGGGAAACCAAUGGGACGAGCUCAAGAAGGUGUUCGGCGAAAAGGAAGAGUCAGCAACGCUAACUGUUAAUCUUUGGAAGUCGCUCGGGCUGGCGAAACUUGGAUGGACCGAGAAGAAGAUCACGACUGCUGCAGGCGGUUUAAGCGGGGCUAAACCAACAAAAAUUGUGAAAGAUUUGCCAAAGUACUAUCCGCACCCGCCUAUGCUGAGUGGGAAAUAG